UUGGCUUUGUUUUUUAUAUGGUCAGUUAUGCUGAUAGUUCUUCUAAUAUUGAACCAACUCUGUAUUCCUGGCACAAAUUCUACUUGGUCAUACUGUGUGAUCUUGGUGAUAUAUUGCUGUAAUCUUCUUGCUAGUAUUUUUUUUUAUAGUUUCUUUGCUUUUGCUCUUCCUGAUUUAAGUAUCAACAUCAUAUUUGUGUCAUGUAAGGAAUUUAGUGGGACUGCUUUACCUGUUUUUCCAAAUAGCUUAUACAGAAUUGUCACAUAUUGUUUUUUAAUUAUAAAAGUAUUUUAUUAUUUUCCAGUUACAUGUAGAUAUAGUUUUCAACAUUUGUUUUUAUAAGAUUUCUAGUUUCAAAUUUUUCCCCUCCUUCCCCUCCCUGCCCCCUUCCCAAGACAGCAAGUAAUCUGAUAUAGGUUAUAUAUGUACAAUAAUUCUGUUCCCACUGUUUUUUCUAGAGGUAUGUCAUAUCUAAUUCUUCUAAAAUUUUAUUCACCUUCUCAACUUCUUUCUUGUUUAUGUUGUGGUUAGAUUUAUUUAGUUCUAAGAGGAGAAAGUUGAGACCCGCCCCCUUUUACUCUCUAUUUCCUCCUGUUACUCAUUUAACUUUUCCUUUAAGAAUGGGAAUGCAAUAUCAUUAGGUGCAUAUAUGUUUAGUAUUGAUAUUUCUUCAUUGUCAAUGGUAUUUCUUAGCUAAAUGUAGUCCCCCCUCUUGCUUAUCUCUUUUAAUUAGAUCAGUUUUUGCUUUUGCUUUGUCUGAGAUCAUGAUUGCAUCCCCUGCUUUUUUUUUUUUUUAACCUCGGCUGAAGCAUGAUUCUUCACCAGCUCCUUAACUUUACUUUGUAUGUGUUUCUCUGCUUCAAGUGUGUUUCUUAUAACUGCUACAUUGUCAGAUUCUUGUUUUUAAUCCAUUCUGCUAUCUGCUUCUGUUUUAUGGGUAAGUUCAUCCUAUUCAUAUUCACAGUUAAAAUUACUGUGUCUUUCCCUCCCAUGAAGAAAAGACUGGAACAGUAUAAGGAGUUCUUCUAAGAGGACAUCCUGGGAGCCAAGGUCCCCUUCUAGAUGGCUUGCCAAAAACUGUUGUGAGUGAAUUAUAAUAACUGAGGAGACAGUCUGAGGAAUGUGAUUUAGUAGCAAAGUUAUGUAUAAUAAACUGGGUCCAGGGCCCCUCAGCAGGCACAAAGACCUAGAAUACACGUUUUGUACAGAUUUUUAUACAUUAAAUGGAAAGAAGAAUCAGGAUAUACAAAACAGCAUGUAGGUGUUCUGAUUUUUCAUUGGAGAAUAGAUUUGGGACUUUCCAAGUUGCAGGACAGGGAGUCAGGGGGGUGGGGAGCAGGCAGGUGGAAUUUCCCCAAAGCAGGUGAUUUACAGGAAUAAGUCUCAGAAUGGAAGUUGUUCACAAAAUGGUCAGUUUUGCUUCUCACACCAGAGCAGAUUAGCUGGAAGCCAGAGCCCUUGAAGGUGAAAUCACUGCCUUCUCUUGGAGCUGAAAUCACCCUUCUUCCUAGAAGCCAGCUGUGCGUUUGGAAAGUUCACCUAGGUUUGAACCAGGACCCUGCCCCUGUGUCUGCUGGAUGUCUUUUCCAUUGGGCCUCAUCCUCCCAGUCAGCCCUCUUGGUUAGCCCCCUGCCUAGGGAGUGAAGGGAAAGGUGUUUCCCCCUCUAGGAUCCUGCUCCCUCCCCUGCUGGGUCUGAAGACCAAGACUUGAACCAAGCAGAGAACCUGGAAGCAGAGGGAAUGGCUCCUGGACCCCAAAGACCACCAUGGCAGGAGUUCCUGACAUUCAAGGAUGUGGCUGUGGACUUCACCCAGGAGGAGUGGUGCCUCUUGCACCAUUCUCAGAAAAAACUAUACAAGGAAGUAAUGCUAGAAAACUCCAGGAACCUGCUCUUCCUGGGAAUUCCAGUUCUCAGAGAAGAUUUGCUCUUCCAUUUUGAGGAAAGAGAAGUAUCAUGGAUUCUGGAUCAAAAAGGCCCAAGGAACUCCUCUCUAGGUGCAGAGACUGGGUUUGCAGUGACUGAGAUUACUACUGCAAAGCUGAGCAUUUCUGUGGAAGAGUCUCACCAGAAAAGAUUGGAGAGUGAUGGUCCUUGUGACUUCAAUUUGAGAGAAAUCUGUGACUCAGAUAUCAAGAUAGAGAAAAAUCAAAAUAGUCACUUUGAAUUUGAUAAAGAUGGGAAGAGUUUCAGACAAUACUCAGUUCAAAUUCAGUUUAAGAAAAUGACCUCGGAAAAUGAGUGUUUCCAGUCUGCUGAAAAGAGGGAAUGCUUUACUGAAAAAGUUGGGCAUAUUCAGUCCUAUGAGAAGCCUCCUGAAGUACAAACAUAUCAAGGUAAUCAAGGGGAAAUGGCCAACAGCUUGAAUUCAGACCUCAUCAGACAUCAGAAAUGUCAUGUUGGUAAAAUUCUUUAUUUUUGUAAUGAAUAUGGGAAGGCCUUUAGCCAGAAAUCAAAGCUCAUUGAGCAUCAUAAAAUUCACACUGAAGAAAGACCUUAUGAAUGUAAUGAAUGUGGAAAGGCAUUCACACAGAAUGCGAAACUGGCUCUACAUCAGAAAACUCACACUAGAGAGAAGCCUUAUGAAGGCCGUGAGUGUGGAAAGACUAUCAGAAAGAGAACCAUUCUUAGUGAAAAUCAGAAAAUUCAUACUAGAGAGAAAUCUUACUAUAAUCAAAGUAGAAAGACUUCCCAACACAACUCGAAUCCUGCUAUACAUCAGAAAAACCACACUUCAGAGAAACCUCAUGAGUGUCAAAAAUGUGGUAAAGCUUUUGGUGGACAUGCUUCCCUUAUUGCACAUCAGAGAAUCCACACUGGAGAGAAACCUUAUGAAUGUAAUCAAUGUGGUAAGGCUUUCAGACACAGCUCCAGUCUUCCUCUUCAUCAGAGAAUCCACACUGGAGAGAAACCUUAUGCAUGCAAUCAGUGUGGAAAGGCCUUUACACAGAACUCUAUGCUUGCCGUACAUCAGAGAAUCCACACUGGAGAGAAACCUUAUGAAUGUAAUCAGUGUGGAAAAACUUUCCGACAGAACUCCAGCCUUGUUGUACACCAGAGAAUCCACACUGGAGAGAAACCUUAUGAAUGCAAUCAAUGUGGAAAAGCUUUCAAAGAAAACUCUAAACUUGCUGUACAUCAGAGAAUCCACACUGGAGAGAAACCUUAUGAAUGUAAUCAAUGUGGAAAGACUUUCCGAUGCAGCUCCAGUCUUGCUGUACAUCAGAAAAACCACACUGGAGAAAAACCUCAUGAAUGCCAUGAAUGUGGUAAAGCUUUUGGUGAACACUCUUCUCUUAUUGCACAUCAGAGAAUCCACACUGGGGAGAAACCUUAUGAAUGUCAUCAAUGUGGAAAGGCUUUCACACAGAAUUCCCAUCUUUCUAAACAUCAGAGAAUCCACACUGGAGAGAAACCUUAUCAGUGUCAUCAGUGUGGUAAGGCUUUCAGACACAGCUCCAGUCUUCCUCUUCAUCAGAGAAUCCACACUGGAGAGAAACCUUAUGAAUGUAAUCAAUGUGGAAAGGCUUUCACACGGAAUUCCAGUCUUGCUGUACAUCAGAGAAUCCACACUGGAGAGAAACCUUAUGAAUGUCAUCAGUGUGGAAAGGCUUUCAAACAGAACUCCAAACUUGCUUUACAUCAGAGAAUCCACACUGGAGAGAAACCUUAUGAAUGUAAUCAAUGUGGAAAGGCUUUCAAAGAGAACUCCAGUCUUGCUGUCCAUCAGAGAAUUCACACUGGAGAGAAACCUUAUAAAUGUAAUCAAUGUGGAAAGGCUUUCCCAUAUAGGGCCCUUCUUGCUUAUCAUCUGAAAAUCCAUACUGGAGAGAAACCUUAUGAAUGUAAUCAAUGUGGAAAGACUUUCACAAAUAAGUCCAGUCUUGCUAUACAUAUGAGAAUCCACACUGGAGAGAAACCUUAUGAAUGUAAUCAGUGUGGAAAGACUUUCACAAAUAGAUCUAGUCUUGCUAUACAUCAGAGAGUACAUACUGGUGAGAAACCUUAUGAAUGUAAUCAGUGUGGAAAAGCUUUCACUCAGAAUGCCAAUCUCUUGAAACAUCAGAGAAUCCAUACUGGAGAGAAACCUUAUGAAUGUCUUCAGUGUGGAAAGGCUUUCACACACAACUCCAAACUUGCUUGCCAUAAGAGAAUCCAUACUGGAGAGAAGCCUUAUGAAUGUCAUCAUUGUGGAAAAGCUUUCACACAGAACUCCCAUCUUUCCAAACAUCAGAGAAUCCACACUAGUGUGACAAGUGAAAACUGAAAUAAUUGGGGGAAAAAAGUUUAAGCUGAGUAUAUUGAUUUAUUAUGUAAAGUAUGCCAAUUGCUUAACAAAUAAGGAUUGGUCCUCAGCUUGACACUGGAUCUCAAAUACAGGGAUAGACAUUUUUUUAUGCAUUAAAAGAAAACAAACAGGGAAGAGCCAGGAUGUAAGAUUAGUAAUAUGAUUUCUAAUUGGAGGAAAGAUUAGGGACUUUCCAAGUUGGGAGGGGUUGAGCAAGUUUUGUGAAUUGGAAGGGGGGAGAGCAAGCAAGUAUAUUUUUCUGGAUGUAAAACAAAUGCUGCUCAAUCCCUAUGAUUAGCAAGCAGGUGGAAUUUAUAGGAAAAUGGAAUUUAAGUCUCAAAAUAGAGUGAGUUUUACAAGAUGGAGUCAAUUUGGUUCACAUAAUUUCUUUAAAAUGUAGGCAUGUUAUCCAUAUGGAAAGGCUUUCACAUGGAGUUCCAAUCCUGCCAUUCAUCAGAGAAGCACACUGCAGAGAAAAUUUAUGAUUUUAAUCUAUCCACAAUGGAUAGAAACCUUUUAAAUGUAAUCAGUGUGGAAAGGCUUUCACAGAAUUUCAGUCUUGCUAUUUCUCAGAGAAGCCACACAAAUAAAAUUUAUGAUUGUAAUCAAUGUGGAAAGGCUUUUCCAUACAGAAUCCAUCUUGCUCACCAUCUCAGAAUUCAUACUGGAGAGAAACUUUAUGAAUAUAAGCAAUAUAGAAAGGCUUUCACACAGAAUUCCAGUCUUGCUGUAUGUCAGAAAGGCCACACAGAGAAAUUUUAUGAUUGUAAUGAAUGUGAAAUGGUAUUGACACAGAACUCUAGUCUUGCUGUACAUUACAGAUGUUACACUGGACAGAAGUCUUAUGAAUGUAAUCAGUGUGGAAAGACUUUAAGAGAGAGGGUCCUUUUUGGUUAACAUCCAUGAAUCUACAUUGUAGAGAAAUCUCAGGAAUAUAAUCAAUGUGGAAAGUCUUUCAGACAAAACUCCAGUCUUCCUCUUCAUCAAAUAACCCACUCUAGAAAGAGGCCUUAUGAAUGUAAUCAGUGUGGCAAAGCCUUUAAAUAAGUCAUCCAUUAUUUCCCACCAGAGAAUGCCUGUGAGAUAGAAUUUUUACCACUGUAAUGAAUUGAGGAAAGGCAGAGCUUGUUCAACAUGAGAAAAUUUAUUUUGGGGGAAUGCUCUAUAUAGAGUGAGUGGAAGAAGGUCUUCAAUGAGAGAUUAUCUGUUACUUUGCAUGAGAGGAUUCAUAGUGGAGAGAAAUUGCUCAAUAGAAACAUGAUUUUCUCUGGAGGAGGGAGAUCACUAGGAAUCAGAAUAUUCAUACCAGAAAGCAGGCUUAUAAAAGCAAUGGUUUUUGUCAAUGUGAAGGCCCUUAUAUAUAGCUCAUACUUGAUUAUACAAGAAGUCAUGCUGGAGCUAAAACUUAGAGAUCUGAGUAAUGAGGGAAGAUCUCUUACACAUCUCAAAUUUCAUACUGUUCUUAAAGCCCUAUAAAUACAAGGAAUUUUUCUUUGGAAUCCUAAUGUUUGUCAUUACUUCUCAAUAAUAUCCCAUAAUUUCUUUAGCCAUUCCCUAAUUGAUUAGUACUCACUUUAUUUCCUAUUCUUUAGUGACACUAAAUGUCCUGGUAUGUGGCAAAAAUUUCUACACUCCACUGUUAGAUGCCUAAAAUACCUAAGUCUCCAAGCCAAAAGAAAAUAGGUUUGUUCAGAGAGGGAUCUUGCCUCACAGUAAAGUUGGUCUCAGGUCUAGGAUCCAAAGACCCUGAGCCUCAGUACCAGGAGACUUUUAAGUAUAACAGAAAAAGUUUUACAAAUACAAUAUUGAUAAGAAAACAACAGGCAAAUUACAGCAUAGUCACUUGUUUCCCAUAUACUGGUCCUAAAAUAGCCCUAUUGCUAAGUAACAUUGCUUAAAACAUAUGGAGGUUGUCUGAGAAACAUGUGCAAUAUUUGAGGAAGGCCUGAAAUGCAAGAGUAACAAAUGCCACUUUAUCCCUAAAUCCACUUAAGAGGUUGUUGCACUCAAGCAUUAUCACAUAGUUGUUUUCCAUCUUUUGAGAAGCUCUGAUUGGUCAAUUUCAGCUGUAGUUACUAUUUUAGGUACCUGACCUUUACUUGCAUUGAUCUAUUCUAACCACAAACUGCAAAUUGGAUAGAGACUACUGUAGAAAAGACAAGUUAACAAUAAGUAAUUAUAUAGAAGACAAACCAAAAGCAUUUGCUCUUUCCAAUGGUCUAUCAUUUGCUUAUGCUACUAAAAAAUACCUAAAUAUCUUAAAUCAAAGUUUGUAGUCUAUAAACUGAUUAGAAUUACUGUUAAAUCAUUUAUUAAGAUGUGGGAAAAAUCUCACUCCCAGGUAUAUUUUGAUAUCUGUUGGUUAAUUUAUGAUUUUUUAAAAACAACCAGGUGCUACAGUUGAUAGUAUGCUGUGCAUAGAGCCAUAAGACCUAAGUUCAAAUUAAGUGUUUAACAAUCAUUAGCUGCAUUACCCUGGGCAAGUAAUUUAACCUAUUCCUGCUUGAUUUUUCCCAUUUUUAGAAUAGGGAUAAUGAUAGCAAAUAUAUUCUAGGGUUGAUAUGCAGAACAAAUGACACAGUAUUUGGGUUUUGUAAAUUAUAAAAGUAUUUUAUUAUUUUCCAGUUACAUGUAGAGAUAUUUUUCAACAUUUGUUUUUAUAAAAUUUCUAGUUCCAAAUUUUUCCCUUCCCUCUCAUCCCUCUCCCCCUC